AUGGCCUUCGCCACAGCAGGAGUGAUCGCAGGUGCUACAGCAGUGGCUACGUAUAUCGACGCUAAGUACCAUGUCCGCCACGAUUUGCGUUCUGGCAGCAAUGCUGCCAAAAUAGACAGUACGAUGAAGUUUAUUGCCGAGAGAUACGCUCACGAUAAGAUGCUCAUAUAUCACAUAUUCGAGGACCGCGUAGGCACUGCCGAAGGUAACUACGUGUUUCUUAUCUUCGAAGGAAGACAAUGGACUUAUACCGAGUUCUUCAAUGCCGUUCAGCCUAUUGCCAACUGGCUGUUAAAAGACCUCGGUGUGAAAAGGGGCGAAAUGGUCGCCAUCGAUGGAGGAAACUCGCCUGAGUGGCUCAUGCUUUGGCUCGCAAUUGAGGCCAUCGGCGCAUCAAGCGCGUUUAUCAACCACAAUCUCACAGGUCGGUCGUUAAGGCAUUGUGUUGAGCUUGGUAAAGUCAGAUACCUUCUUGCCGAUACGGACGUGAAACACUUGGUCUCUCCGAUCGAAGCAGAGCUCUCUUCAUCCGGAGUUAGUACUAUUUACUACUCGCCUGAGUUCCUUCAGUCUUUCCGAGAUGCCGAGAUUCUCCCAGCCGAGAGGCGAAAGAACAUCAAUCCGAUGGACGCCGCAUGCCUAAUCUACACAUCUGGCACAACGGGUCUCCCGAAAGGAGUCGUCAUGGAGCGCGCUCGUGAACUCAGAAUGUCUAGCCCAGGCUCAAGUAGCACCAUUUCGCUAAAACCAGGCGACAGAAUGUAUACUUGUCUCCCUCUGUUCCAUGGUGCUGGGCAUGCCCUUUGCGUUACCCCGUGCGUUGGCGCAGGGGCCACUGUCGUUCUGUCGCGAAAAUUCUCGCAUGCAUCAUUCUGGCCCGAGGUUCACAGCACCCAGGCGACUCAUUUGCAGUAUGUUGGAGAGUUGUGUCGAUAUCUGGUAAAUGCGCCGCCCUCGAAGCUGGAUAAGGGCCACAAAGUAAAGAUGGCGUGGGGAAAUGGCAUGCGGGCGGACGUAUGGGAGGAGUUCCGGCAGAGGUUUGGCAUCGAAUGCAUCAACGAACUAUACGCCGGUACCGACUCACUUGGCUUCUCAACGAACGCGAAUAGGGGCGAUUUCUCAAAGAACGCCAUCGCAGUACGGGGGAAAUUAUGGCAUUGGUGGAAUGGUGGCCGGGAGAAACGCAUCCUGAUUGAUCCUAACACCGAGGAGGUGCUUCGCGCCAAAAAUGGACUUGCCAUCGAGGCCAAGUCAGGAGAGGUUGGUGAAAUGAUACAUCAGCUGGAUGCACAGAACCCUGAACUUGGCCACCCGACAUAUUUCGGCAAUCACGGCGCCUCCGUGAAACGCAAGAUCUUAAACGUCUUCAGGAAGGGGGAUUUGUGGUUCAGAUCCGGCGAUCUUAUGCGACUUGAUUUGGAUGGUCGACUAUACUUUGUCGACAGGCUCGGAGAUACAUACCGAUGGAAGUCGGAGAACGUGUCAACGAAUGAGGUCAGCGAUGUGAUUGGCGAGUUUUCGCAGAUUGCAGAAACCAAUGUCUACGGAGUCCAAGUCCCGAACACAGAUGGUCGUGCAGGAUGUGCAGCGAUAGUUCCCCGGGGAACAAGUGCGACAAGAUCUGGAUCAGAAGCGAGCCUGACUCUCGAUCUAAAAGCUCUGGCCGAGCAUUCUCUAUCGCGUCUGCCACGUUAUGCAGUUCCAAUCUUCAUUAGAACUUGUCGCGAAUUGGAAUAUACUGGCACAAUGAAAUUGCAAAAAGGACGACUCAGAUCAGAAGGCAUUGAUUUGGAUCUCAUCGAGAAGUCCGCAACAGAGAAAGGGGAAGCUAUUGAUACACUAUAUUGGUUGCCCCCGAACGCAAGAGAAUACGUUCCUUUCAGUAGGAAAGAAUUGAAGGAACUUCAAGGCGGUGCCGUGAAGCUCUAG